AUGGCAUCACUGGGGCGCAUGUCAACCUCAUGUCAGCGUGUUGGACAACUCAUGCUCCUCAGGGCGCCCAGGUAAAAGUUUGAUCCUUUGUAGAUCUGUUCCAGUACAACUUUUAAGACAAUUUAAAGAGCCCUUGAGCGCAGAUAGAAAGGUAGAGGCAAAGUAAAGGAACACACAAGCCAAAGGCCCAAAUGGUUGUAGCUUAUUCUAACCUGAGAUCAGGCUCUAUUUUCGUUUCGCUUUGAAAAUCACAUUCCGGCAGGCAUGGCGAAACGAAAAGAGAGCCGAGAAUGUGUGAGAACCGCUAAAAUUGAGUCUGGUCUCAGGUUAAGCUUAUCCUGGUUUCCUUAGCAUUAAUGGGCCUUUUGCAUUAAUUGAUCACAUGAUCAAUUUUCGGUUAACACGAAAACAGUUCCCUUUUUUAGGGGCUCAAAGUUCCUGUUAUAACUUAGAAGGAGAUUUGAGCCCCGUCAUGCUUAAGGAAAUAUUUCACGACAGUUUGAAAAUUUUGAAUUUACAAGAUUUGUAUGGAAAACCAUUCAAGUGUGACUGGUUGGCAACAGUUGUUUUUCUCAUACAAAUCCUUCUAAUUUUGGCAGCUGUUGCAAUUGCUACUAUUGAGAUAUAGCACUUAAAAUUUACAGGUUACCUAAUUUUAAUAUAUGCUCUUUCAGUUCCUGCUAACAAAAUUUUUCAAAAGCAAGCUAUUUUCAUGUUUACCAAAAGUUGAUUACGUAAUCAACUAAUGCAAAAGGCCAAUUAUGCCUAGCAGUAUUGCUACUCCCCCCCGGACGAGAUACGUGCCCAUCACAGGGUUACCCCCAAGCAUUAUCUUUAUGUCACCAGUACUCAUUUAUACACAUGGGUGAAGAGAGAGACAAAGUGUUUCAAUGGGGGUUUCUUGGUGUUAAUUGGGACUGAAGCUGUUUUGAUGCAAAUCAGAUUACAUGUGUAACAGUCAAGUCCACAUUUAAUGUUGAAAGUCAGGAUUCUUACCUUAUAAUCUAUUAAUCACAUAUUGUAACACCCUAGUUUUUGCUCUCCUUUAGAGAUCUUCUUGAUAACCUACAAUCUUGAUCUUGAGUUUUUACAAAACUGUUGAGAAAAUUGUAUACUUGCGGAGCAUUUUUCUAAAGGUUGUAGCUGUACCAGCUCUUCCCUCUCCCCCUUCCCCAGAAAGCAAUGUCAUUGUGUAUUCAAAAGAAAGCCUCAUCCCUGGGCAUUUGUAGGAAGCAACAUUCAACUGGGGGAAGGGGAUUUCUUUCCGCAAAACUGUCAUUUCAGAAAUAGUGUUGUUGCGUAGGAAAGUGGACAUGAUGGGCAAAACUUUCUCAAGUAGUUUUGUCUGGGAUUGUAGCUCCUUAGACUUAGCAAUAAGUUUUGGAAAUCACUUAAAAUAAUUGGGGACUGCCAAAAGAGUAACUGUAAAUCUGUUUUACAGAUUAACAUUGUGUAGAAAGGGAAGAUGUGUGUACAGUUAUUAUAUUGUAGGUUUAAAUUAAAGGCAUUCAAAGAGUACGGCUGUUUCUUGUAAGAACUUUCCAAUCCUGGAUUAGUGACAAUUGAUUUGCCGAUUUGAUACAUUUUUAGAUGUUCAGUGAGAAUGAACUUGGGAAAACCCAUAAGGAAUAUGAGUAACACUCAUACUACAUCAGCUGCUCCAGGAUCUGCAAACUAUUCAGGCAUUGGAGCAUUGAUAGGAACUUUAACAGGACUGGCCCUUGCUGUCAACAAGCAUAAGGUACCUACUUAUCUCUUAUCACCCUACUGUUAG